GGAUGCUUGCAGGUGCUCGGCGGGUACUCUGGUGCCUGGACGAUGGGGACGAGAGGAGAAAAGGUCUAGCGGGGAAGGUGGGGCCUCCGCCAUGAGUGAGCUGCGGGUGGAGGACUUGGUGGCCAACACGGCCUACCUGAGAGCUCAGCAGAUUGACCCGAGCGCGUUGAGGAAGGAGAGACUCUCCCUGAGUCUUCCUCAGCCAAAGAGCCGCUCAGCUCUGCGUGAGGCCGUAGGGACGCGGUACGAUUCGCUGUGCGAGCAGCAGCCCAUCGGCAGGAAGUUGUUUCGGCAGUUUCUCCUCACCUCUAACCCCGAGUACUCCGCCGCCUUCGAGUUCCUGGAGGAGAUGAGGGGUUUGAGCUUUGCUGAAGACGACGUGAGAGCAACAGCUGUGCAGAACCUCCUCGAGCAGUUCAGGAGUUUUCUCCCGUUCCUCACGGGAGAGCUCGCGGAAACCUGCAAGUGCUUACCGGUCAAGUACUUGGACGAAGCCUCGGUGAGCAAGAUGAAAGAAGCCACCAGAGACUUCCUGAGGGGGAAACCUUUCUGUGAGUACCUGAGGAGUCCCUUCUUUUAUAGGUUUCUGCAGUGGAAGGAAUUUGAGAGACGGAAGAUCAGCGACAAAGACUUCUAUCAGUUUCGGACGUUAGGGAAAGGUGGUUUUGGUGAGGUGUGCGCCGUGCAGGUGAAAAUAUCCGGGCAGAUGUACGCCUGCAAGAAGCUGGAUAAACGAUGUUUGAAGAACAAAUGUGGCGAGAGGCUGGCCCUGUUGGAGAAGAAGAUCCUGGAGAAGGCCAACAGUCUUUUCAUCGUGAACUUGGCCUACGCCUACGACAACAACACCCACCUGUGCCUGGUCAUGGACCUGAUGAACGGAGGAGACCUCCACUUCCACAUCUACAAGCUGGGAGAGCGAGGUAUCCGUAUGGACCGCGUGGUUUACUACGCUGCUCAGAUGACCAUGGGCGUCCUCCACCUGCACGCCAUGGACAUCGUGUAUCGCGACUUGAAGCCAAAGAACGUGCUGCUGGACGCCCGCGGUCAGUGUCGACUGUCUGACCUCGGAUUGGCUGUCGAGGUGCCAAAAGGGAAAACCAUUUGCCAAAAGGCUGGGACAACUGGUUACAUGGCUCCUGAGAUUCUGAGGCAGCAGUGCUACAGCACGUCCGUGGACUGGUGGGCUCUGGGCUGCUGCAUCUACGAGAUGGUGGCUGCUCGCCUGCCUUUUCGAGACUUCCGUGAAAAGGUGCAGGAGAGCGAGGUGACUCGCCGCACGCUGGAAGAUGAGUGCAAGUUUCAACACAAGGGAUUCGAACGCUCAACCACUGACCUCAUCCGGGGCUUCCUGAAGAAGAAGGUGCAAUAUCGCCUCGGGUGCCACGGCGAUGACCCCCGAGAGCACGCCUUUUUCAACAGCAUCAACUUCCGGCGCCUGGAGGCAGGGCUGCUGGAGCCCCCCUGGGUGCCAAAGUCCGACGUGGUGUACGCCGAAGACCGCGACGACCUCCAGGACGCGUCGGAAGCCCCGGACAUUGAACUCGACGCCAAGGACGAGAAAUUCUACCGGGAGUUCAGCACAGGCGCGGCGUCCCUCGCGUGGCAGAAGGAGAUGAUUGACAGCGGCCUGUUCGACCAACUCAACAGUCCAGAGGUGAACGGUCACAUGACGGCAUGGAAUUCUAAAAUGUGCGUCAUUUUGUAAACAAAAUUAGCCUUAAAUGUCCUUGUGAAACACAGUA